CAACCAUCGAAGUUGGAGACAGCAUUCAAGAGAUUGAUUAUGUCUACGUUCGAGCAUUGUUUUCCUAUAGUCCUGCAUUAGAUCAAUUCACGCCUUGUCAGGAGGCUGGAAUGGCUUUCUUGAAAGGGGACAUUUUACAUCUGGUUAACACCGAGGAUCCACAUUGGUGGCAAGCAGUUAAGGAAGCCUAG